AUGGUUGUUCACGCAAAGGAUGAACCCUACCUACCCACCUCAAUCCCUAAGAGCGUCCGUAUAUUCGAAUGGAUUCAGGAGGAGCAACAGAUUUGCCUGCUUUCCCCAUAUAUAGAUGUGAUUAAGGUACUGCUUCCUGAUGGAAACGUGAAGGAAGGAAAAAAAUGGCAAACUACUCAUUUGGACAUUGCUCGUGAAAUCUCAAAGAAUUUGACCAAUAAUGCUCUUAUUGCUAAGGUUAAUUGUGUUCUUUGGGAUAUGACUCGUCCUCUUGAAGAGGAUUCUCAACUUCAGAUCUUUAGGUUUGAUAAUGAUGAAGGACAUGACACUCUUUGGCAUUCUAGUGCUCACAUUCUUGGCCAGUCACAUGAGACGGAGUAUGGAUGCAAGAUUUUCAUUGGACCGUGUACUACAAGAGGAGAAGGAUUCUAUUCUGAUGUUUUUUGUGGCGACUCGAGAUUGAAUGAUGAUCACUUUAAACUAAUUAAGGCUAGGGCGUUGAAGGCUGUUGCGAAAAAACAACCCUUUCAACAAUUUGUGAUAACUCUCGUUGAAGCGAGGGAGUGUGUUGCUGGUAUGGCGAGGAAGAUGUCGCAUUUUACUAGCAGGUUGUUUGCGAUUCUUAUGAAAAUGCUUUUGGAUAUUGAGGAUGAUCCAACUUGGCACACUGCGGAGCUUGAGGAUGAAGAUGCUAGUGAAACUAGCAAUUAUAGUGUUGGACAGGAAUGUUUGGAUAGGUUAUCUAUAUCUUUGGGAAGAAAUCCGAUUGUUCCUGUUGCUUCUGAACAAUUACUUGCAUAUUUGGCUACACCUGAGUGGCAAAAACGUCUUGCUGCAUUGAUUGCACUUGCUCAGAUAGCUGAAGGAUGCUCAAAGGUCAUGAUAAAGAAUUUGGAGCAAGUGGUGACUAUGGUAUUGAAUUCAUCUCCUGAUCAGCAUCCUCAUGUAAGGUUGGCAGCUAUUAAUGCAAUUGGGGUGUUUCCAGCCCUAGCUGCUGCGAUGGAUGAUUUUCAGAAUCCUCGUGUAGAGAUUCAUGCUGCUUCAACUCUGCUCAACUUCAGCGAGAAUUGUACACAUGAUAUUUUAACACCAUACUUGGAUGGAAUAGUUUGCAACCUGCCUGUACUUCUUCAGAAUGGCUAUAUGGUUAAUGCAAUUGAUAAGUCGACUUCUAGAGGAUCAAAAGUAUCUGGUUUGACAAUCGUUUACAACGUGACCUUUCUUGGUUCAAUUCCUUAUGGUUAUAUCUUUCGCUGGUGA